GAAAAAUACUUGAGUUUGAGUGAGUUAACCUAGAGAGAUGGCCAUUGUUGCUUUAACUUCUCUCAUGUCAACACUUGAGCUUGAGUUUUUGCAGUCCACCCCAAGGCCAAGGUCAAGAGUAUCUGAAGAUGAAAGUGGGUUGAUGUGUUGUCUGCUGAAGCGCAAGCCAAGCGUGUCUCUUUAUGGUCAAGUAGAAAUGCUCCAUGAAAAGCUUUGUUCUUUGCAGGCCUUUCUUGAGAAAUUCAAGCGUGGUGGUGGUGGUGGGGCUGAAAUCAAUGAUUUGGAAAUCAAAAUUAGAGACUUUGCGCUCAAAGCUGAAGACCACAUUGAAAUACAAAUCAGCAACUAUCUUCUGGCCAAAGAUGGAGGGCAUGGGCAUCGACAAAAAGCUUCUCAGGAGCUCCAUCAAACCUUGCAAGAAGCAGCACAAAAUGCAGCAGAGUUGCUGGAGAUGCUGAAUGAAGAAGGUGAUGAGGUGAAGAUGGUCGGGCCUGAGAAUGUUAAGUUGAGUGGAUCCUCACAGUCACAGUGCUUUGAGGACAGAAUAAUGGUCGGGCGUCACCGUGAUCGUACAGUGAUAAACAACUUCCUUUUCGACAAAGAUGGACCAAUAGUAAUUGCAAUUGUUGGGAUGAUGGGUAUAGGAAAGACUUGUUUAGCCAGAAGUAUCUACAAUCAUCCCUCAGUUGCAUGGAAUUUCCAGGUACGAACUUGGAUUACUUUACCACAAGAAUACCAGCCCGCGGAUCAAACACUACGGGAUCUUUUGUCGUCAAUUUCCGGAGUAGAGCCUCAGUCAAGUUUUAGGCCAUUCUUAAGUCCACUUCAAUCCAAAAUAUAUGAACGCUUAGCACGUCGGAGUUAUCUAAUUGUUUUGGAUAACUUAUGGGACAAUUCAGUUUGGAGACUUAUCGAAAGAUGUUUACCUCGUGGAGUCAGAAGUCGCAUAUUAAUAACCACGACGCACUUCGAUCAGAAAAGCUAUGCUUAUAUAAAAUUUUAUAAGCAUAACAUGGCUUUUCUGGAUCCAAAUGAAAGUUGGGAUCUAUUCUGCAAUAUCCUUUCUCCCAAAGAAUCUAUGGCACCUAAAUUUGAAAAAAUUAGGAGUGAGGUUUUGGAGAAAUGUGAAGGAUUACCACAAUUAAUUGUUGAAGUUGCAAAGCGUUUGUCAAAAUGCAACAACAUACAACAAGAAUGGAAAAAGAUUGAAAAGGAAUUAGAGUCAUUGGGAAUUCUAGAUCGCAACUCAAUCACUGUCAGUUAUAAUCCAUUGCCACAUCAUUUGAAAGUUUGCUUUCUAUAUUUUGGAGUCUUCCCAAAACGUAAUAGAAUUCUGGUUAAAAUGCUUAUAAGGUUAUGGAUUGCUGAGGGAUUUGUGAAGCCAUUGAAUCAUAAUGAGUUAGAAGAUGAAGCUUAUAUGUAUUUACAAGAGCUAAUUGAUAGAAGCCUUCUCUUAAUUGAAGAUCAAAGUUUUGAUGGAAAAAUCAAGACUUGUAGAAUGCAUAGUGCUAUGCAUAGCUUCUGCGUAGGGGAAGCUCAAAAAGAAGGUAUUUUAUGUGCAGUAAAUACUCGACAACAUUCAGGAUUGUCAUUGGAUGCAUUUGCAAAUUCAUGUCGUUGGCUAGGUAUAUACUCUCACAGUUUUGACUAUUACGUGCUCUUUGGUACAAACAUCCCUCGCUCCAUUUUCUUCUUUCUUGAAAAUCCUGAAAUGUUUGUUCCUCUCAAGGUGUUAAGAGUUUUGGUUUUUGAUACUUCUAUAUCCCUUCAAAGAGUGCCACUGAAUUUAGGGAAUUUAGUUUUUCUGAGAUAUCUAUCCAUAACACAAUGGUUUGAGGAUCUGGAAGAUGUAGUAUCAAAUAAUCCGAAUUUACAAACACUUGUUGUUUCCAGUAGUGGAGCACCUAGUGUCCAUUUACCAUCCAGUAUUUGGAAGCCACUACAGUUGAGGCAUCUCGAACUUGGCAAUUUGUAUAUAGUGGAUCCUCCAAGCAUGGUUAAAGAGAAUUUGCAAUCAUUAUCUUGUGUGGUGAGAUCAAUUCAUUGCAGAAAGGAGGUGUAUGACAAAUUCCCUAACAUAAAAAAGCUGAAAAUUUUCCUGAAAGAUGACACAGAUGCCAGUCCCACUCAUGGAUCUUGUAGCAAUCCCAUUAUUUUGGAUAACUUUGCCAAUUUGAAAGGGCUUGAUAAGCUAAGCAUCUCAAUUUCUACUGGUUGCAUUGCAACUCUUCCAGAACUGUAUCCUUCAGGAUUGAAGAAGUUGAAGUUGAGUGGUACUAAUAUGUCUGAGAAGGAUUUAACCAUAAUUGCCACGUUACGUGAGCUUAGGGUUCUCAAGUUGGAAAAUGCCUUCCAUGGAACAGUAUGGAAUUCAGUAGUUAAAGGAGGAUCUAUAGCUUAA